AUGGGACGGUCUCAUGGACUUAACGGAUACGCGCACUCGGCAGCCGUUAUCCUCCUAGUUGAAGAUGAUGCAACUAUAAGGAAGAUCACAGCAGCUGCUGACUGGCUUCUGCUGUGUCUUUCUCAAGUUGGAGCUGCGGCGAACAUCUCGUCCUUAUUAAAAGCAUUUCAAGUAUACUCGAAGGCAAUGCUGUUUCUUCACAAAUUAGUGGUGGAAAGAAUUCAGGAACUGCGUGACGGCAAACAGCAAGAGUAUUUGAGGGCUUCUCUGGAAACCCUGAAAAAAUGUGUUUCCAUGCUGCACACUGCCAUGUACACGACCAUCAAACAUCCAAACAGCGAAGAGGCUCAGGGUGCAAAGCAGUACAUCUUAAACCAGGUGGAUUCAACUGUAACUCACAUCAUAACCACACUCAAGAGCAACUGUGAACCAGCUUUGACGGGUUCAUGUGGAUACUACACUGGAGUACAGAACAAGAUACUAAGACUGCUGUCUGACCCUGCUUCUGUUAAAGAUGGUGGGUUUGAUGUUAUGCUUCAUGACCUAGUGUUUCACAGCAUGGCGGUAGCAAACACGUCUCGGAGGGAUAUUCAGUUUGAGGUUGCUGCACACUCCAAGCAAGUCCUUCAGCUCUGGUCAGAGAUGUCACAACACAUGAAAUGCUGUGAUGAUCAACAGCUUGCAAAAUCAUGUGCUUCCCUAUUGCAGCAAAUCCACAAACUUGAAGAUGCUGUGGUAAAAGCCACCCAGUUGCAAGUAAUGAACAUAUUUGUCACAAGUUCAACUCCCUUGGAACAGUUGGUGCACACCGUAGGCUAUACUUUCCAGGAUGAGCAAGAUGAUGAUGAUGGGUUGGAUGUGGAAACACUUUGUGUGCAAUUGGAAUCCUUCACGGCUCAUGCUGACAAAAUAUCAGAGGUGGCUGGCUUCAUCUCAGCUUUAGCGUGUGAUGAAAAGAGUCUUGAGGGUGUAGAGAACUCAAGGGGAUGCAUUAUGAGACUGAAACAUGCAAUUGCAGCACUUGUGCAAAAUUUUGAGGAGGACAAGGUGCGUUCAGGUGAAGCUCUGGAAAAACUAAAAGAGAUGCAUCAGAGAUGGUCAGAGGAGAUGGAGCAGCUCUUGCAUGCUUGUAGUAGCAUUAUAAACGUGAAGGACUUUGUCUGUGUUGCUUUGCAGGAGAUGGAGAGCAACUUCAAGGGGUGCAUUGAGGCACAUAAAGAUGAGGAUGCACAGUUUCUCACAAAACAGGCAAGCAUGCUCAUUGGCCAUAUGAGCUUGGUUAUCCAGCUCGUGAGAAGACAUGUCAGUAGGAGUGACAAUCCAAUCUACCGUAAUGGACUCCUGGUUCUGAUAAAGCAAGCAGAAGGAUCUGCAGCUGAAGUUGCAAGCUGUGUCACUGAUAUAUAUUCUCAAACCAGUCUUAGCAACGAGGCUUUCUCAUUGCUUUCUACUAGUGUCUCAACAGCUUUAAAACACUUUGACAUUCUACGUGAAGGACUUGAUGGUUUGCAGCAUCCACAUCUUCUCAGCCCACUUCGGGAGGGGGCCCGCCAGUCUGCUGGGGCUGUACCAUGUACUACGCCCGUUUCAGAACACGAAAGCUUAACUGCAGACUCUGAUAAAACUGAAUCUUUAGUGCAAAGUUCCACUAGUGAAGAAAUUCCAUGUCAGCUUGAAGUUGGUUUGGAGAAUCAGGCUGUUCAAAUAAUAGACCAUGUUGUGUCAAUCGCAGAAGAAGCAUCGAUUGCACCUGUCGUGGAAUCUAAAGCUGUUGUACAGCUCCAUAAUAUUGAGAUGUUGCCUCUUUUGUGUGAAGUUGUCUGCAUGACCAAAGGUAAAGAUGUAGAGGCUCUCAACAUGGCUUGCACUGGAGUUCUAGGACUCUCAAAUAGCUAUGCCCAAGCUACAAGAGAAGCCAUCAGUGUCAUAGACGCAGCUGAUAAUGAUGAGGUGGAAAGUCUGCGGUCCAAACUCGUGUCAUUGACACCCUUGCUAGUUCAGACAGCGCAGGAAACAGCCAUGAGCUCAGCCAUGGGUACAGAUAGCAUUUAUAAGCACAGUACGCAAUUCUCUGACCUCAUAAAAAAUGUGCGGAAGAUAUUGCUGCCAGUGGCUGGGAUGUGGUACCAUGCUGUAUCCUCCAUGUUCCAAAACUAUGUACCAAAUAUGUUGGAGUCCAUCACGCAGGAACUCACUGAGGUCAUGUGUUUAUGUGCAGAUGCUGUGCAACUUGUGACAUCAGCAGAUAUAAAGUUGAUAGGUGGUGGGUGUCAUGAGAGUAUAGGGUCUUUGCAGAGCAAGCUCCAAAAAGCUCAAACCAACACCAAGAAUCUCACAGACAUAGUGGGUUCAAGACCAACUCGAACUGAUGAGCUUGAUGGUCACUGCAUGCUUUGGGCCUUGUCUGUCCAAGUACUGUUGAACUCAUUGGAUAAGAUGUUGGGAACUACUACUACUGAUGGUAAGGGGCACCUAAUUACACAUCAAAUGACACCCAAGAAAUGGUUGGCAGUUUUGUCCGAGAACUCACUUCGUAUACAAGAAGCCGCAAGAUUGUCUUCUCUGAACUGUCGAGACACCUAUAAAGUAAAGCUGCUAGGAGAGCUACAAGAAGACGUGAAGACGCUGAUGGACUCCUACCUACAGGCUGCGGAAGGGGUUAGUACGGUGUCCCUCUCAAGUGUCCUGAUGCUGGCAAAGUCAGAGUUGCUUCAGAGACAGCUUCAGAUUAAAAUGAAAGCACUGUCUUGUCUUUUGAGCAAAGUUAACCAAGAUUAUGUGAUGGCGAUUCAAAAUACUAUUGCUUUGGCAUGGUCGGUCCAAACAAAAGACAGUAACAUGGAAACUGAAGAUAAACUUGCACAAUUUGAAAGUGCUGCAGAAUUGCUUUUGCAGAAUGUUGAAAGCGCCGUAGAGUCCAUCCAGGACUGUUUCAACUUCAUUAGAGACCCAAAGGAAAGGUCCAAUCUGAGAUUCAUUAAUGACCACUUGACAUUUCAGAUGUCAGACAUUGUGAGUAGAGCCAGAUUAAUAGCAGAGUCGCAAACUCUUGGAGACACACUCACUCUUGAUGUUCAGUCACAGUGCUGGUCAGCAAAGGCACAUUACCUUGUUGAAGAACUCAGUAAAGUAGAUGGAAUUCUUGUGGUCACAAAGGAACAGAUCAAGUGUGGCUUGCAGGGCAAAGAGUCUAGUGGAUUUGUCAUGUCCCAGACACAAAAGGCAACACUACAUCCUAUUUCCACAAAUACUCAAGUUCCUAUUAAAAGCAAACCAAGUACCAGUGUCCCAGAUGUGUCCAAUCAGGAACCAAAGAAGGAAGAGACAUCCCAGAGGAGCCCAAGAGGUCCUGUGUUCACCUUAGUGGGUACAACUCUCUCUUACACGUCUCUCUUUCUGAAAUGGGAGACUGAGAAGUGGGACGACAAGGGUAACCAGAUUGUCAAGGUGACAAAAGAAAUGGCAGAUAAACUCUAUCACAUGGCCCAGUACCUAAAGAAGAAAGGGCCAAUCCAGACUAAAGAUGCUUUUGUAACAUCUGCUAAAGAUCUCGUCUCAAGUGGCCAGUCGAUCACCCAGUUUGUGCGUGUCAUAGCGGACCACUGUUUGGACAAGCAUUGCACAGAUGAGCUCUGUGUCAUUGCAGAGCAGAUUCUUACCAUUUCCAACCAACUUACCAUCAUAUCUAGGGGUGCAUGGUGUCUCUCCAGUGUUAAUGCAGUUACUCCUGGGUGCAAAUCAUCAGAUGAGAUCCUGGUGAAGAACGCACAGAAUCUACUCCAGACAGUUAUCCAAGGAGUACGAGCUGCAGAAACUGCUUGCAUCAGGGGUUUGAAACAACCUGAGCCAAACUCUGAAGCAGCAAAAGCAGCAGCUUUCUGUUUCCAGUGGAAAAAGAGUCUCCUUAUCCAUCGAGCUCAAGAACAGCUCAACCCUGAAACCGAUGAUUUGGGGCUACGUAGGACCUCCCAGCAUUCAGCGGCUCCCAGCCUCGCUCCACCCAUCAAUGUGUUAGAGAAUUACAAACGAGUAAACAUGAAAUAAACUGUUUUU